AUGAGAGUUAAUCUGCACAAGGGGAUUUCCAUCAGCACCAGGACAGACGAGAAGCUCUUCGACUUCUUCCGUCUUCGUUCCUCCAUAAAAGUCAAGGAAAUGUUAGUCAGGAAGCUGCUUUAUGCAGAUGACUCAGAUCUCGUGUCCAGAAGCAUUGAGAACACGCAACACAUUGUGGACCAGUUCCCUUGUGCAGCACACAUGUUUGACCUCAAAAUCAACACUUCGAAAACUGAGUUGCUCUACCAGUCCCCACAAAGAUGUUUUAAUAGAUCGAGAGAGCCCGGAUCAAUGAGAGUACACGGAGAUUCCCUGAAGGACACUGAGGAUUUUACCUAUCUUGGCAGCGCAGUAACUUGUAUUAACUAUUCUGACCGCGAAACUGAGAGGUGA